UCUCUCUCUCUUCAUAGUUUGUUUAACUCUCAGUUCUCUUUCCCUUUUCUCUUCUCUCUCCUCAUAACAAAUUCCCCCCCCCCCCCCUCUCUCAUCCCCUAAUAAUUUCCCCCAUUUCCCCCUUCUAUUAUCUUCUUCUAAGAAACACUAUAACAAUAACACUACUCUAAAAGGAACUCACUUUGAUUCAAGUUUUUGGAUUUUGGGUUACUUUGAGCUAUUUUGGGCUAUAUACUUUCAGCAAUUUCUGUUAUUUUUUCUAUAUAAUAUAUGUAUAUGUAUAAAUUGUAACUUUUUCAAUGUUUAUAUAUGAUCAUCAUUGAUGUCAAUCUCUUUAUGAUCUUCUUCUUUACGUUGUUGUGUUGUUCUUCUUGAUCGUCUCUUUUUGCCAUGCAAAUCAAAACCCAUUUCUUAGUUUCUGCUCUUUUGAAACAAAAAAACCCUAAAAUAACAAGUGGGUUUUCUCUUCAAAACCCUAAGAGAUGAAAUCUUUCUCACAUCGGCCAUAACAGAAAGUUUCAAUCUUUACGAACAUUUUCCUCCCUAUUUUUCAUCUUUUCGAUUAAAGAAUGGAUUUGUUUUCAGAAUCAUCAUCCAAUAAUGAUAAUCCCACCACCACCACCACCACUACAACACCACCCACCGCCACCACCAGUGCUGCCGCCUCUGCCACCACACCAAGCCGGUACGAGAAUCAGAAAAGGAGAGAUUGGAACACGUUUUGUCAAUACCUCCGGAACCACCGGCCGCCGUUGGCUCUUCAGAUGUGCAGCGGCGCUCACGUGCUGGAAUUCCUCCGGUACUUAGAUCAGUUCGGUAAGACAAAAGUACACAACCAAACCUGUCCGUUCUUUGGCCUUCCCAACCCGCCUGCCCCCUGUCCGUGCCCGUUGAGACAAGCGUGGGGCAGCUUAGACGCUCUCAUCGGUCGGCUUCGGGCAGCUUACGAAGAGAACGGCGGUCGGGCAGAGGGAAAUCCUUUCGGAGCAAGAGCGGUUCGGUUGUAUUUAAGGGAAGUUCGUGAUUUUCAAGCGAAAGCAAGAGGUGUUAGUUAUGAGAAGAAGAGAAAAAGGCCUAAGCAAAAAAUUAAUACUUCUUCAACUACUACUCAAGAUCAUCAUCAAGAUUCUACCACUUGAAUUUCUUAUAUAUAUAUAUAUAUAUAUAUCUAUAUAUUUUUAUAUAAAUAUUUUGUGUGAGAGAAAAGAUUUGUUGCAAUCUCUCUAUUUUUACUUUUGAAUUAUUGCAAAUGUCGAGAUGGAGAUUUGAACCUCCAACUGGAAUUGAAGGUUUUUUUUUCUCUUGUGACGAAUCUUGAGUUAUGUUCUUAUCAUUCUCUUUUGAUAAAUAUUUAUAAUUA